AGCGACACAUGUAGAACAAGCAGCUAACGGGACCCGGAGAGCAGACCGGAGGACAGUCAAUUACAGCCUCCGUGCCAGCUUCGUUAUUUCUCUUUUUUCUCCUUCUUGUGUGUCGCGUGUGCCAAAAACACGCGCUCCUUCUCGGUCUGAGGACAUUACGGCAUGCGUAGACGCGUAAUUACGCCUUGCGAUGGACUCCUUUUGUUCCAGCGAGAAAAAGCCCAGUAAAGCAGUAAAACGGGAACCAUCCGGUGGAAAUACUAUCUGAUAACUCCAUUUGCAGCUCCGCUCGCUCGCCACAGCUCGAGCCGCCCCUCGCCGAAGGUUCGCAGCCGCGCGGAGCUGGAGGCCGACCGCGCGCGACACCCGCUCCUGUACCAGUACUUUUUUUGGGACUGUUGAAGCGUACCUGUUUACCUGCCUGACCCCGCAGGACGUUAACUUUACAGCCAUUACUCUCAAAAGAGACAAACGAGGGACAAUGGUGAAUCCCGGAGGCAGCAGCCAGCCACCACCGGUGGGCACAGGCUCUCUGUCCUGGAAGCGGUGUGCAGGGUGCGGGGGCAAAAUCGCAGACCGUUUCCUCCUCUACACCAUGGACAGCUACUGGCACAGCCGAUGCCUCAAGUGCUCCUGCUGCCAGGCCCAGCUGGGCGAAAUCGGCACGUCGUGCUACACAAAAAGCGGCAUGAUCCUCUGCAGAAACGACUACAUCAGAUUAUUUGGAAACAGUGGAGCUUGCAGCGCUUGUGGUCAGUCCAUUCCAGCCAGCGAGCUGGUGAUGAGGGCGCAGGGCAACGUGUACCACCUCAAGUGUUUCACAUGUUCCACCUGCCGGAACCGGCUCGUCCCCGGGGAUCGGUUCCACUACAUCAACGGCAGCCUGUUCUGCGAACACGACAGACCCACAGCGCUCAUCAACGGCCAUUUGAGUUCACUGCAGACGAACCCACUACUGCCCGACCAGAAGGUGUGUUAGGCGGGAGCCGUGCAGGAAGCAGGAUGUGUGCCUUCAUUUUAGCCCUUACUCAUUGUCACCCGAGACAGCGUGGAUCAGCAGCACCCCAGCCUUUUAGCUGUGCUCCCAGGCCCUUUGCCCCGAAGGAAUCCUCUACCCAUCCUACCAGUUACCUGACUUUUAUUUCUGCAACCCAUACCCAACGCUCAGCCUUCAACCUUGGCUUUUCCCCAAAUAUGGGUGGAUACUUGCACUUAAUGCACCUGAAUCGGGACACUGAGGACUCCAUGACCUUGGAAUUUAAAAAAAAAAAAAGGGAGACCGAUGAGGACUCUUCGGGAAGAGAAAAUUAAAACACAAGAGGAUGUUGUGACUGAAGUGAGGGGAAGAGAAAAAGACUAAAGAUGUGAAAGAUGCAGGCUUUUCAACUCUGCAUAUUUGUUUAAAGACAUUUUGGGGGAAAACCUGGGACCUUUCUUUUUUUCCUCUCUUCCUUUUCUAUCCUCAUUUCCCAACAACAUGGUGUUUCCACUUUAUAUAUUUUAAGUGUUGUCAAAGGGGAAUGUGUUUUUUUUCUUUGGUGGUAUAUAUAGAAAACGAUGGGGUUUUAAAAAAAAAGAAAAAAAUCUGUGGCUUUUUGUGGAAAAACAAAUCAUGAACACUCUCUUGGUGUAUUUGUAAAACUACCAUGUAUGUACAGUAUGCAUGUAAAUGUCGUUGUCCAGGCGUGGCUACAGUACAUCCGACCCUCCGCACUCAGCUCCAGUCCUUCCUCCUCCCCUCGAAACCUGAACCCAUCGCAAACGGAAGAAAUUUGCUCAUAGUCAGUAAUGUAGAGAUCAUCACCAACAUAUAAAUGCUGAAUGAAAGAGAAAUUUAUUUGUGAUAUUUUCCGAGACAUUUGCUCCAGUAUGGUGUAUUUAAUUAAUAAAAAUAUUGAAGAUUUAAAAGCCUCCUUAA